AGAAAAGGAAAAUAAAGUAAUAAUAAUAAUAAUAAUAAUUUAAAAUAAAGUAGAAAAGAAACAAAAUCUUUUUAAAGUUUCUCGUACUUGUUGGUCCUCCACGUCGGUGAACGACCUCGACUCGAAGGAUCAUGGCCAGUCACAGGGCUACAAAAUCCGGUUUUGCAGCGGAAGCUCAGAGAAAGAUCAAUAGCAAAUACAGCGAAGAACUAGCUCAAGAGUCUUUGGAAUGGAUCAAGACGAUCACUGGCGAGGACAUAAACACCAAUGGUGAUAUGGAUAGUUUCUAUGAGACUUUGAAAGAUGGUGUACUUCUCUGCAGGUUGGUGAAUGACAUCAAGGAAGGAUCCGUUAAGAAGAUCAAUAAAACGUCUUUGGCUUUCAAGUGUAUGGAAAAUAUAAAUGCAUUUCUUGAAGCUGCACGAGCAUUAGGUGUCCCACCACAGGAAACCUUUCAAACUGUUGAUCUUUGGGAACGACAAAAUCUUAACUCCGUUGUCAUUUGCUUACAAUCUCUCGGAAGAAAGGCGGGUAAUUAUGGAAAACCAAGUAUCGGACCAAAAGAAGCGGACAAGAACGUCCGUAAUUUUACCGAGGAACAACUUAGAGCUGGUCAAGGUGUUAUAAGUCUACAAUAUGGUAGCAAUAAAGGUGCCAAUCAAAGUGGUAUUAAUUUCGGAAAUACCAGACAUAUGUAAACCGUAGAUUAUAGAGCAUGGAACAAAUUCUUCCAUGUGUGUGAGAAAAAUGCACUAUAAUUUUAUUUUAUAUUAUAUUAUUUUAUUUUUACUUCCAUAAGUACUCAAGCUAUAGACGUACUCUAUCGCAUUACUUUCUUCUUAAGCGGGCCAAAUUCGAUCUAUGCAUAAGAUUUAUAUAUAUUUAAAAUAUAUUUAUGCAUAUUAAAUAGAAAUAAGCAAAGAAAAAAAAAAGAGAAAGAAAAUAAAUGGACUCAAUUACGCGUACGUUGAAUACCGAAAUAAUAAUCGGUAUGUUGUAAAUUCUAAUCUACCUGUCCUGUUUAACAAUACAACAUAAUAUAAUA